GACCACCUCUUUUAAUAGUCCAGACUCCACCUCCUCUGAGCACACCCUAUACUAUACAUCUUCAUGAUCAAAAACCCUUCCCAACAUAUAUAUCUCUUCCAUUUCAUUCACUCAAUUAGGAAAAUUAAAUAUGAAAUUCCCAGUAAUCCUACUCGCAAUUCUUCACACGCAUGCAGGAUUAAUCACACAAAUGAACGACCAGACCUUGAUCGAGACCACAUGCAGGAGCACCUCAAACUUCCAGCUCUGCCUCUCCACGCUCCUCGCCAAUCCGCUCAGCGCCACCGCUGAUGUGGCGGAGCUCGCCCUGAUUAUUGUUGACGCCGUCAAAGCCAAGACGGAAACAGCCCUAUCAGGCAUCGAGGAGUUGAAAUGGCUUCACCCGGAACUUACAGACGCGCUGGGGCAAUGCAGCAACUCGUACAAGGCGGUGCUCAAGGCGGAUGUACCGGAAGCUGUGGCGGCUCUGACGAGAGGAGUCCCAAAAUUUGCUGAAUUUGGGAUGGUUGAUGCGGCGUGGGAGGCUGAGAUCUGCGAGGGUAGUUUUGAGAGGGUGGCCGAGUCGCCGUUGAGUGAAUUGAAUAGAGAUAUCCAUGACCUUGCUGUCGUUGCUGCCGGUAUUAUUAAAAAUUUGCUCUGAGAGUGUUUUUUUUUCUUUUUUGCCCUUCAGGUAUAGAUAUAGUGAUGAUAUAUAUAUAUACAUAUACAUAUACAUGGAUAUAUAUAUAUAUAUAUAUAUAUAUGCUAAUCAUGUUAUGUAUGGCUAAACAGUACUCGCCCAUUACGCACAUACUGUGAUUUCUUAUGCAUAUGACGAAGAAAUUAAUUUAGG